GACGGACGUUGGAAGGUUGGAAAGUCGAGCCGCACCCGUUGCCGCAGCGUCAGCGGGAUCGAAAUAAUAUCACAGUGCACGUGUCCUGACGCUCGUUUUUAUUUCUGUUGAGUCUCCAACACGUCAUCGGCCUCGGUGUUUGUUGCCGACUUUGACAGCGUGUCAUUCCACGGCAAAAACGCAUUGUGCCAUGAACACUAACCGCGGCUCGCUUCAAGGCGAAAUCCCUGCCAACCUCCGUAUUGUUUGUCUGGCGUUUGUUAACUUUACCAGAGCCUAAACCCAAUGUUCCGGAAAAAGCUCCGGCAUAGAUGCUGUAGCUGCAUCGGUCCAUCCAUGGGCAAAACUUGACCAUAAAGAACCUUUAUAAAAGCCUACUAGGCUACAGCGGUAACGCCGCAAAUCAUCACAAUUUCGAACACUCUAUAUCCCUUAACCAUGGCAUCUUCAGACACACCUUCACCUUCCCUCGCUUUACAACAAGCAUGCGGGACCGGGUUCAUGGCAACCGGGCAGGCGGCCGACCCGGCAGCAGCGGGCGCACUGGUACAGCUGGGGUUUACAGAGUUCGGGGCCGCUGUUUCCAACUACACUCAAGUGCAGUUACUCUUCCAAGCGACGCCGAUCAUAGCCAGCGCGGCGAUAUCGGAAGCCUCGGGACCCAUCCUCAUCAUCGGCGUCACUAUCCCGUUUGUCAUCCUCGGUCUGCUCUUGGCUGGCCUUCGCUUGCGGCGGAUCGUGAAUGUGCGAAGUGCCACGGUGUUCGUGGCUGAGGUCUGCCAUGCGAUAUGGGUGGCUUCGCAGAUCGCUGCCAUUAGGAUGGGGGGAUUUGGGGAUAAGACCGCUGACUAUGUCGCUGUCGGAUCGUUCAUGGGAAUGCUUAUCCUGACGGCAUACUCAGGCCUCCUCCGCGGCUCCCAAGUCAUCAUCAACGAAGAAAAGCGCAAGCGAGUCCGCCAAAUAGGCGCCGCCGUCCUCUUCCUCUUCGGCAUCGGAUUCUUCUACGAAGGCUAUUCCGAAGUUCACAACUCCACCAGCUCGCCCACGCGCUUCUCCAACCUCUUCUGCGGCCUGCCGUUCAUCCCCAUCGGCCUGUACAUCGUGUGCGGGACGCUGGCGUUUUCGUGGAAUUUGCCUAAGGAAUCCCUGAACAAUGUUAGUGGCGGCUUCUCGAGGCUGAAGACGAUGAGGGUGAUGAAUGAUGCGAUGGGGGCGGCGGUUAUUUUUUUUGCGACAACGGAGCUGGUUAUCAUGUUUCCGCUGCAACAUUCAAACUACUUCAACCCAAUGGCAACCCUAAACAUGACAGGAAUGCUCUUCGUCGAAAACCUCUUCGAAACCGUCUCCACCGUCCUGCAAUCAGAUCUCUUUAAAGGAGCACGCGCGUUCGCCUUCACAUCCAGCGGGGCAAAGAACAACGUUAGUGUCCAGCGGAUGGAUACGGUUAGGUCGUCUGCUGUGGGGGGCCAGAGUAAAACCAAUUUGGUGAAGGGGACGCCGAAGCAGACGCAUGGGGCGGAGGAUGGUGUGUGACGUUUUUUUUAGAUGAUUUUAUGUAUUCCUGAAUUUUCCGUUUUGCACUCUUCUGUUGCAAUAUUAUCACUGGCAAAUUGUCAUAUUGGUAGAGCUAUAGAUGCC